AUGGCGCGUGCAUGGUCGGGCGUGUCGUGGCUAUGGGUCGUUGUAUGCAUACUGGCUCUAAUAAAAAGCGUACAUCCAGUUUACUUUUACUUUGAGGCAGGUACCUCAAAGUGUUUUUAUGAACAGCUUCCUGCCGAUACAAUUGUAGUGGGGCACUAUUACCUUGAAGAAUGGGACGAGACACAAGGUCAUUUUGAUAUUCCUAAAGAUAUUUCGCUAGGCAUUAUGGUCAAGCAUCUAGAUUCGGAGCACAUGCUUGUGAAUUCGCGGGGCACAGCAGAUGGUCGCUUUGCGUUUAAUUCGCACGACGCUGGCAAUCACGAAAUAUGUUUCCAGACCGAGUUCCACGGCAUGCCGAUGCACAAUGGACGGUUGCCGGAAAUGCGCAUGCAUAUCGAUAUCAUUAUUGGCGAUGCGCACCGCUCGAAUACGCAAGAAGACCAGGAACAUGCGCAGGACCUGCUGUCACGCGCACGAUCGCUGAACGGCAAAAUGCGUGAUCUGCGCAAGGAGCAACAGUACCAACGUGAGCGAGAAAUGGAGUUCCGCAAUCUGAGUGAGCGGACAAACGGGCUUGUUAUGUGGUGCAUCAUUGCCCAAAUCGUGGUCCUACUAGCGUGCUGUGUGUGGCAGCUGUUUAAUCUCAGGACUUUCUUUGAAGACAAAAAGUUCAGGUAG